CCAAGACACAUGUCCAAAAACAAGAGGCACUAACUUAUUCCCUAGCUAGCUUCUCUCUCUGAGAGUUCAUAAGCAAUUAACAUUCCUAUAACUUACCACUCCUAUUCUUCUUCCUUCUUACACACCUUCACAAGUCUUUUCUUCCUUCAUCCUUCUUCAAACUUUUUUUAUUUUUUAUUUUCACCAAUUAAAAAACUAAAGUACUACGUUCACUAAUCCGACCGUACAUCAACAACAGACCUGAAAAUAUUUGGUCUCGUUACAUUGAAAUUUUAAACACAUAUUAUUCAUUUUCCACUAACCAAAAAGAAGAAAGAUGCUUCCUUUUCGGAGAUUCUAUGGGCUCGAGAGUUGGCUAGAUAAAGACUCAGAGAAAAUCAACGGUGAGAGAUCAAAAUCCGAGAGAAAAUCGACGGAAGCAUGCAAGAGUCACAGGGAAGCUGAAAGGAGACGUAGACAGCGAAUCAACGCCCAUCUCUCCACUCUACGCUCUCUCCUCCCUAACACCAUCAAGUCAGAUAAGGCGUCAUUGCUAGCCGAAGUGGUACAACACGUGAAACGGUUAAAGAAGGAAGCCGGUGACGUGGCGAACCGGUAUAAUGACAUAGAGUCAUCAUCUUCGUGUAGCGGAGAACCCGGUUCAGUAAAUUCUUUGGAGAGAGCUGAGGCGUGGCCAUUUCCGGGGGAAUCGGAUGAGGCGACGGUGAGUUAUUACAGCGGGGAGGAAGGGGAACCUCGGAGGAUGAAAGCGACGGUUUGUUGUGAGGACCGGCCCGGUCUGAACCGGGAUCUAAUACAGGCAAUCCGGUCGGUUCGGGCGAAAGCGGUUCGAGCGGAGAUGAUGACGGUUGGGGGUAGGACGAAGAGUGUUGUGGUGGUACAGUGGGCUAAGAGUGAUGCAAUAGGGGAAGAAGUUGGAAUGUUGGAAAGGGGUUUGAAGGCUGUGAUAGAAGAUCGGGCUUUUUUGGGCUCUGGGAUGGGUCCAAUAUUUUUGGGCCAUAAACGGGUUCGAGAUAGUACUGAGGUUGACUGUUCUUUAUUGUUGAAGAACGAGGAUUUCUACUAACAGUAAUUGCGAUUAUUCUUUUUUCUCUAUGGAUCAUACUAUCAUAGAAUAUCAAAUAUGUAGUAUAUAGUUAGUUUUCUGAAUUAAAAAAUAUGGCGAAACAGACAUUCUUAUGGCGAAACGACAUUGAUAUGUUGAGUUUUGAAUAUGAUCUCAA